CGAGUAGAGUAAACCGACGUGUCCAACUGGCUAGUCAUAAUAGUUGGUACGCAGUAACUUGCAAGGUCGAGUGUUCAAUUUCUUCAUUCGCGUCGGCGACGCCGGAUGUCUCCUUGACCUGCACUUGGUCGAGGUCAUCUCCAUAAUCUCACGGCCCCCCGCUUCUUUCUUAUUUGUACCUUGUUGCCGAUGAAUAACUAGCCCUCUUGCUUUGCGACCCACGUUUUCUAUUUUCAACCAACUCGCUCCCACCUCUCGGUUCUUCUUCCGCUAUCCGGCGCCCCGACCGCCAGCUAUCCGCGGAGACAGCCAGUUCAGAAAGAAAGAAGAUCUAGACACUCGACAAACAUGCUCAGCUACGGUUGCCCGUCCUCCAACUCUCUAAUCGAACCCCCUCCUCAUCCUCCUGCCUCGGGCGACUAUUUCCUCACGCACGGACAGAACGCAUCCGACCCGGCCGUCACCGCUUGCUGCGCCCCAAACAGUGUGCAUUUGAUAGACUACUGUUACCUCUGGUGCGAGGUCCCUCAAAGUUUUGCGAACGACAGCGUCAAUGCAGCCGCUUUUCAACUCUGCGUAGCCAACCAUGGAGGCGAAGCUACCGUCGUUGUAGAAGGAAGGGUAGCCACAAGUAACGCUCUGAGGACCGCGGGUAUAGCGGGAUUACUCACGGCAGCGAUAUUAUUGAGUUUUCUAUGUCUCAACUGAGGGUAGAGUCGAGAUAGACACAUCACGGUCUGUGGACCUAUUGCAGAGAAAGUAACAAGCAUUCGUGGCUUAUUAGAAAGCCCUGAUUAAGAAAUACUAGAAGUGGCUUCUUAACUCACCGGGGUUCCAGGCGAGUGCGGAAGGGGGAGAAGAGAAGGCGUGAAGGCGAACAACUUCGUGUUUUUACUAGAAUAGAAAAUGCACUAUGGGAAGAAGAACAGGAAUAGAGAAUGAGAAGCCGAGAAGAUCUGUAACAAAAAGCAACCUAUUGAAACAUUUACAUAACAGCCUGGAUGUUGACAGCUGUAAAGCUAGAUACAUUUGCUCUCUGAGGUUGACGAGAGUGUGAAUAGAUGAAUA